UUUAAAACACCGCAUGUACGGAACGGAGGCCUCGUAUGGGCAGGUCAAUGUUUAGGAGAAAAUCGGCUGAAUUUGCCAAACAAUGACCAUCAGUUUCAUAUAAAGUGAUUUUUGAAGUGAUCUGUUUCGAGGGAUUGCCCGUAAAAAUCGUCAAUACAGCAAUAGCUACACGGUUUUCAAUAUAAAAAGUUCUGUCGUCGAAAAUUUGGAAUAUUUUAAACUCCUGUUCCAUGUUAAUUCGGCAAGAUGCCACAUUGGAAUAAUGAAAAUGGUAUGACGAGGGAUAGCAAGCUGGAACUAACGUCAGUAGAACUAAGCUUUGAAAAGAAAGGAUGGUUUGGGAGGCGUUCGAUGAUGGAGAAGGUUAUGCUUUUUCUGCUGCUGUGUUUUUUGAUCACAGUCAUAGUUCUGGCUGUAUUACUGGCAGUCAGGUCAACCCAGGAAGACAAGGAAGAUAUCUGCGUAACUACAGACUGCACCGAGUCAGCUGCUCGGUUGUUGAACAAUCUGGACACAAGUGUGAAGCCAUGUGAUAACUUUUUCGAUUUCGCCUGUGGGACUUGGCGAAAACUGAACAUCAUUCCAGAGGACCGCUCAAGUCAGGAUGUUUUCGGGAUAUUACGUGAUGAAGUGGAAGUGGUCCUUAAAAACCUCUUAGAGGCCCCCGUCACAGAAAAGGAUAUAGGAGUGGAGAAACUCAUAAAGAAUAUGUACUCUUCAUGUAUGAAUCAAGAUCUUAUCAAACAACGAAACAUUUCAGUCGCAUUCCCUGUGAUAAACGAUCUUGGAGGUUGGCCGGUGCUUGGUUCAAAACCAGGCGGUAACUGGAAUGAGAGCGAGUAUGACCUAACGAAGAUUCUGAUUGAACUAAUUAAAUACAACAACAAGCCACUUUUAGAGAUGUAUGUCUACACAGAUGUAAAGAACUCCACCGUCAGAGUAAUUUAUCUCGAUCAGCCAGGGUUUGGCAUGCCUGGUCAGAAGUACUACCAAAAGGGACGUGACGAUGUCAUGGUGAAAGCGUAUGAAGAACUAGCUAAGUCGGUCGUAAUGUCAUUUGGUGCUACUGAAGAAACAGCAACCAAUGAUGUAAAAGCUAUGGUCGAUUUAGAAUUUGACAUAGCAAAUAUUUCUAUGGCAGCCGAAGAUAGGAGAGACAGCAAUGUCCUCUAUAACCGGAUGCCCAUGUCCCAGCUGUCAGAAAAUUUCUCGGAACCUGCAGAUGUGAUGUUUAAUUGGAAUAAUUACAUCACCGGGAUCAUGCUUAUGGAAGGAGUAAACAUCACAGUAAAUGAAAGUGAACCAAUUGUGGUUCGGGCAGUUCCCUACUUCGAAAAAUUCUUCGGAAUUCUACAGAAACACGGAAAAAGAACUGUUUCCAACUACGUCGUGUGGAGGAUAAUGAAGAAUAGGAUUUAUAAUUUGGACGAAACUUACGAGGACAUGAUAACGAAAUAUAACAAGGUGUUAUACGGAACCGCUGUUCCACGUGCAAGGUGGCGUAAAUGUUCCUCUUACAUAAACUCCAACCUUGGAAUGGCAUUGGGGAGACUUUUCGUGAAGGAAGCAUUUGACGAGGAAUCCAAGAAGGAUACAGAGGAGCUGAUUAGGCGGUUAAAGAUAUCCUUCAAUGAACUGGUGGGAGGAAACGACUGGAUGGACGAUGCCACCAGGGAAUUAGCCAGGGAAAAGGCAAAUUCCAUCAAGCAGAAGAUCGGCUAUCAGGAAGUAAUACUUAAUGACAAAGAAAUAGACAAACUUUAUUCCAAUUACUCAGUGAACGCCGACACGUAUUUUGAGAAUAUUUUGGCAAUUAUCAACAGGAUCUCCAUCGACAGUAUCAGAAUGUUGCGCACGAAAGUUGACAAAACUUGGUGGACGACGGCUCCUGCCACUGUAAAUGCUUAUUACAACUCGGUCCUAAACAGAAUUAUGUUUCCAGCCGGGAUCCUGCAACCACCAUUUUACGGGAGAUCUCAACCAAAGUCAAUGAAUUACGGUGGUAUAGGCGUGGUCAUAGGACAUGAAAUCACACAUGGAUUCGAUGACAGAGGGCGCCAGUACGACAAAGAUGGUAACCUGGAACAAUGGUGGUCUGAUGAUGCCAUCUCUAGGUUCAAGGUCAAGGCUCAGUGUAUCAUCGACCAGUAUGGAAACUUCUCGCUUCCAGAGGCGGACGGCAUGCAUUUAAAUGGCAUCAAUACCCAGGGAGAAAACAUCGCUGAUAACGGUGGUCUGAAACAGAGCUUCAGGGCUUAUCGUGACUGGGUAAAGGAGAGAGGCAAGGAGGAGUCACAGUUACCUGGUGUUAGUUAUAACCAUAACCAACUUUUCUUCAUCAAUUUUGCACAGAUAUGGUGCGCAAGCAUGCGCAGAGAAAAUGCAAUCAACCGAAUCCUCACUGGUGUGCACAGUCCCGGGCGCUUUAGGGUCGUUGGAACGUUACAAAAUUCUCCCGACUUUGCUGCUGCAUUUAACUGCCAGAAAGGUAGUUACAUGAACCCAAAUAAAAAGUGUGGAGUGUGGUGAUCACUGUGUGUCGACACUAAAACAACUAGGAUCAAACAUUUUCUAAUGAACACUGAUAUUUAUAUGUUCGUUUUAAACAAAGGCUUGAGAUUGAAAUCAGUUUUAAAAACAAAACAAUGUGCCAUAUCAUUUAUUUUUUCGGAAAUGAAAUAUUGUCUUGAAAUUUCUGGUUUUCUAUAACAUUAAAUGUUAUGCAAUAAAAUUUCCUAUUAUUUACAAAAGAUACAAUCCUCACGCUGCAUAUUCAGUCAAGUGUUUUUUUUAUUAUUUUUACAAAAUGUUGACUCUUCAAUAAAGUAAAGCAAUUUCCAUAUUUCAUUUGUGUCCAUUUGACCACAAAAUGUAUCGCAGUAGUUAUCCGUAAUAAAACAAUAUAAUCUUUGUUUAAACACGAACUAAUCAUGUCCACAGUUAUAGAAAGUCUGUGGUACUUUUCUACAACUUAAUUAGUUAUCAAAAUAUCAAUGAAUACAAUUCUAUUACAUUAUAUUGUAAUAUCACGAAUCAUUUUACAGUAUAUAUUUUUGUAAUGUGAAACACGUAUAUGAUUGCUCUAUAUCAUUCUAAGAGAAAUAUAAUAUUUCAUAUCAAACAAUAAGAAAGAACGUUAUGAAAAGAAGCAUUUCUAUUAUGUGCUAUGAAAACAACAUAACAUUGUAAUAUGAAAACAAUAUUACAUGUACAUUGUUAUACGAAAACAAUAAUUUUAAUUGUUAUAUGGAAACAAUAAUUUUUCAUUGUUAUAUUGAAACAAUAAUUUGUCAUUGUUAUAUGAAAUCAACAUUACUUCAUUGUUAUAUGAAAACAUUGAUAUUACAUUGUCAUAUAAAACAUUUCUAGUAUGUAUUAUACGAUAAUAUAUUGCAUUGUGAUAUGAAAUAAUGUCUAAAUAUGUCUCUAAUCAAUCAUAUGGUAUAGUAUUACCUUGUAAUAUGCAGGAUGUCCAUUAUGCAUACUUCAAUAUAUAUUACUUUGUAAUAUGAAACAUGUGCAGUAUGGAUAAUACAGUGUAAUACUCCAGUGUCAGAUGAAAGAUGAGGAGUAUGUAUCGCACAGAGUUAAAUUUACAUUGUAAUAUAAAUUUGGUCGAAUAUUAAGAAAUCAGAUGUCAAUUGUAACGUCAUUACAUGGACUAUGACGUUACGUUAUGAAUUUAAAAUGGCGCAAAAGAAUGGCUGUCUCGACAUUUGACUGUUAAAAUGGGAAAUUAAUGAGUUUUGUAAUAAAUGUAGUAUAUUAUCUUGAUUUUAUAAAGCGAGUCUGAAUUUUAAAUUUUUGUCAGUCCGCAACAAGCAAACAUUAAAACUUGAGAAGAAUUUCAUAAAAUUAAGAAGAAAAAAAACCCAUUUCAGAUCCAAUAUGUGAUAUGAAAAAAUGUCCAUUAUAUAUACCACAAUUUAAUACAACAUUUUAGAAUCAAACAUGUCAAUUAUCAAUUUGACCACAUUAUAUUUCUUUGUUUUUCAUAAAACUCGCCCUUUGCAUAUUGUGUCAAAUUACAUGAUCUCAUUUGAGAUGAAUUGUACGAUUGCUAUACAUGUAUGUUAUAUUCGAUUCUUCUGAACAGCUAAUUCAUAUCAAUGUUUGAUACUUUUAUUUUCGGAUUUAAAAAUAUAGGGAUCUUCGUUGUUUUUUUUUCUUAUUUUUGUAUAACUUUAUAUAAAACACAAGCGUAUACCUCAAGUGAUUUAUAUAAAUGCUGUAUUCGUUUAAUUAUUGUUUCUAUGCUUUUUUUCAUCCGAUUAUGACACUCGUACCAAGUUUUCAAGAUUAUGUCAAAGUCCCGUAUAUAAUUAUACCGGUCAUUGUUAUUUCUUUCUUUGUUUCAUUUAAACGUCCACAUAUCACCAUAUAUAUCAUUUGCUGACAAAUUGUGCUUAACCACUGAGCAUUGUACCACUCCCCUAUCAUGUUUCUUCAAUAUCCUGUUUCUUCAAUGUUUUUGCUUAUGUUCUCUCCACGCUUAUAGUUUAAUCAUCCAGGCUGCUAAAAUUACUUCGAAUGAAUAUAUUUUCGAAAUAUAUGGAAUGUAAUGCGCUGUAUGGAUAAUCAGGUAUGAUUUUUGUCCGUACAAAUAUGAGACGAAAUUAGUCUUCUUUUCUGACCUUACAUGUUACCGGAUAUCAUCUUUCUACUUGUGACAUCACAGAAGACCGAUCUAUGAUUUAUAAAGUGUAUGAUGUGUAUUCAUGUGUAUGUUACAGAAAUAUGAUGUCAUUAGAUUAAAUAUCGUGACAGAACAUCCACGUGUGAUGCUUCAUCCAGUGUAAUUAUACAAGUUACAAAAUAUGUUUUGAUACAUGCGCUGUUUCCCUUCUCGGCUUACCUCUAUGUCAUCUCUGUGUCAUCUCUAUGUAAUCCGUUUGUAUUCACAUUCCAGUUCUAUUGUACAUAAUGCAGUCGUAAAUGUAAAUAAUGUCCAAAUUAUGUAAUAGUAACUACGCUUUAUCAAUAUCAGAGACACAAAUAUGGGUACAUUCUAUCUAUUAUUCUAUAAAUGCGGCAGUGGUAUACUGUCCCACGGAUGAAAAUAUUUGUACAACGUCCACAUUAUCAAUACGUCCAAACUAACAUAAAAUAUGUUGAAUAUUUUUCAAAACAAACGUGAUUUUUUAUGUUAAAUCUAUUAUUUCAUAUCAGCGUGCAAAUUCACGAAAAUGAUAAUUUUGAUAAGGCCUCAAUGUUAAAAUAGUAAUCGAAAUAUGCUGCAAACAACGAAAAUAUAUGUUUUGAUGUAUCUACAUAUUAAUGAUGAACAUUAUAGAUACAUGCUGAUAAAUCAUUAUCAAACAUCCUGUUAUUGAAUAUCCAGCUAUAUCUUCACCUAAGCAUCGAUCACCUCUGAUAUAAGGUUGAAUAUAAAUACUGUGAAAUGUAAUUACUUGUUGUAUGCCCGGAUAUUUAGCAUAACAAUAUAGUGUAGCACCUAUCUCGGGAUUCCAACGUCACAUUCAAAUAAUCCUUAUUAGGGUUAAAUUCAACGGUGCUCUUAAUUUGUAAAUCUCUUGGGAGAAUGUAUUGUAAGUCACUGCCUAUGUCACGUUUAAUGGGGUUUAAAUAUUAUCUGUCUUCCAAAGAUUCCACAAUGUGAUGCCAGACGGACAUCGUUAUUACAUAAUAUCAGUUUGCCUUCAAAUCACCUGGACUUCAAUCUGGCAGAACAUUUUUGUGUAUUGGAAUUGUUGAUUUCGAAAACAUACGAUACAAUGUCAAUAUGAGGGAAUAACUAUGUUCAACCAUUGAUGACAAUGUUUUAACCACUUAACUAUUACAAUCUAUGAAUACAUAAUGAUGGUAUCUAUUCAGUGCUCGUGUUACCGGUCAUCCUAGAACAAGAUUUGAGUUGGUCAUUCUACAAAAUUGUUUGUGUAAUAUUACAAGUAUGCUUAAGCUGUAAUUAAUGUUAACAUAUGUGUCAUAUCUACUUGUAUAUUUAUGUAAACCCGGAAACUCUUAUGCAAUAAAUUUGUAUAUCUUUCAUUCUUAA